AUGGCAAGCUCACUGACGAGCCCAGUGACAAGCUCAGCUGCAGCCGCAGUGGAAAGCCCAGUGACAAUCUCACUGGCAAGCUCCGCUGCAGAAGUAGGUUAUAGUGAUCAAGAUGCAAGAUGUGUUCAUCGAACAGCUAUUGAAAAUAAUAAUAAUGCUGAAGAACAAUGUGAAGAUGAAAUUACUUAUUUUCGUAGUAAGGAAUUAAAAGAUGGUUCUGGUUUGGCUAUAUAA